ACGGGGGCCGCAGGAGCGCGGGCCUGCGUCUCCGCGGGGCGGGGGCCGCGUGCCCGCGGGUGAAGGGCUCGGCGCGCCGGGGCCGCGCGGGGGAGGUGGGGCGCCCAGGUUGCGGUGCGCGAGGCCUGCGGGCUGCGAGCCGGCCCCACGUCGCUGGGGUAUUCGUUUGCCACAUGAAGACACUGAGGCACGGAGAGGCAGACGUCACGCCAGAAGUAAGCGACAGCGGCCCAGCUGGGGUUAGAACCUGGGCAGCCGGACUCAGGGCCCUGGCACCCAGCGGUGCGCCCUGCAGUGACCCAGGCUCGCCAAGAUGCCCAUCGUGGUGGAAGACAUCAUGAAGCUGCUGUGCUCCAUCUCUGGGGAGAGGAAAAUGAAGGCGGCCGUCAAGCACUCUGGGAAGGGCGCCCUGGUCACAGGGGCUGUGGCCUUCAUGGGUGGUCUGGUCGGAGGCCCACCCGGACUAGCUGUUGGGGGGGCUGUCGGGGGUCUACUAGGUGCAUGGAUGACAAGCGGACAAUUUAAGCCGAUUCCUCAGAUCAUAAUGGAGCUGCCGCCCGCUGAGCAGCAAAAGCUCUUUAAUGAAGCCACCGCCAUCCUCAGGCACCUGGACUGGACGGACGCCGUGCAGCUGACCACGCUGGUCAUGGGCAGCGAGGCCCUGAAGCAGCAGCUGCUGGCCAUGCUGGUGAACUACGUCACCAAGGAGCUCCGGGCCGAAGUUCAGUAUGAUGACUAGGUCGCUCCUCCUGGGAAGUGCGGGUCUCAUUUAGAUGAUUCUCGGGACUCACAGGAGGGGACAGGGGAGUUGGGGAAGCCGCACAUCAUCAGUGUGUUACCUUAAAUGGAGUGAAAUCUGCUGGAGAGGCUACUAUUAUGCUGUAUCAUGUUCUGGAAAUUAUUUAUGAAGACGCUGUGUUUUGUGACAACCCUUUCACUGGGAGGCUGGUAGACAGCGAAACCCUGCCUGCCCCAGACAUGGGUGACAGCUUCCUGAAUCCACUGUCACUCAUAUGGGAGCGUAGCAGGAGGCCCUCGUGUUCCGUCUCCUCGCCUGUGAAGAUGAGCCCUGUCCGAAGCACCCGUUACAGGACUGGUUCCUUCCCUGGGGCCCAGGGUCUCAGGACCUGAGAGCUGGCCUGUGCUGGAAUUCACGUUUCCCUCCUGUGCCCCUUCCCUGACCAGUGACUCUGAGUGGCCCCAUGCAGGGUCAGUCGCCUGUUGAGCGAAGCCACAAACAGCCAGGCCCCCAGCCCUUCUCUACGUAGCACACCUGGCCUCUCACCCUCCCAGGGGCUUCCUCUCCCCAUUGGACAAGUUGUGGUACUUCUUGAGUUUUGCUUUUAAAAUUAAAUACUUCCAGCCAAGAGUAUUGCUUUUUCUGACGUGGUAGGAUCUAAGCAAUGUGUCCACCCUGAAUUUCCCCUAAUACCAUAUUCACUUUGCUCUCAGAACCGUUACUUGACUAGGUGUCAUCAAAUUGCAGUAAAUGUUUUCUGAACAGGGCUUUUCUCACAGAUUUUAUGUAAAAGCAUCUCUCACACCCAGGGUCGUACACGCAGAGCACAAGGGAACGUUCUGGAUUUGUGGCCUUAAAGAAUGACAGACGCCUCC